CCCUUCAACCGAGUUAGCAAGUUGGGUCAAUCAACACGGAUCUUUAGUAACCGGGUCAUCGGGUACCCACCGAGCCACCGUUCUCAGCGAGUCAAUUUUUCUCUUGCCUCACACUUCCGUCAAUGCUCUGAUUCCGAGUCUUCCAGGAGCUCAAUGGAAGAAACCACCGAUUGACAAAAAAAUGGGUUGCGCGUCUCUGAUCCUGCUGCUCCUUCUCAAUACACUCGUCCCCUCUUUAUCUGGUAAGCCUGACAGUGUAUGCAUUUCCCAAGGUGGUCGUUUCCCGCCAUUCUCUUCUGAGGGAAAGCCUCCAAAACGUGUGACCAAGGGAUCCAAAGAUCUGACUCUCUGCAGGGUGUUCCGCAAAAAAACUUGCUGUGAUGUAGCCCAGACACAUCCUGCACUUGUAUCUGUUAGGAAGUUGGCUUCAUCAGGGGAAGCUGGCCCAGAGUGCUUGCAUUUAUGGGAAUUGCUGGAAUGUUCCAUCUGUGAUCCCCGCAUUGGUGUGCAGUCAGGACCUCCGGUUAUAUGUGCCUCUUUCUGUGACAGGGUUUUUGAGGCUUGUGCUGAGGCUUACUACUCUACGGAUGCAAUAACACAGGUUCUAGCACCAUGUGGAGUAAAUGAUUAUGUUUGCGGCAGGGCCUCUGAAUGGAUUCGUAAUGGCACAGAGUUCUGCCAUGCUGCAGGAUUUGACGUUAAAGAUGACAUAUCGGCGAGCAAGGAAGAACCAUUUUGCUAUGGCGGGAAAGCCAGUCUUGAUUUGAUUGCUGAUUCAUGGAAGGCUUCACCAUCUGAGGUGCCCCAGAAAGCCGAGAGCUUGAGAGUGCUAGAGGAAUUCCAGCAGCGGUGGAGGGAAAUGCCAUUUAGCGAAAGAGUUUCUUGGGCCAUUGGAGGAUUGGUGCUUACAGCAGGCCUAUUGUUUGUAAGCAAACGGAAAAGACAUAACCAGCGCCACAAUGUAGCCGCUCUACGAAUCAGGAAAUUUGAAGCCAAGAAAAGCCAGAAAUCUCCUAAUAGUCCAGGAAGUAGGAAAAACAAGUAAAAGAUGAAUUUCUCUCUUGCACGGGAAAACGUUUAGUUAUGACUAUUUACAGUUGAUGUAUCAAUAUAUUGUUAUAAAAAGUUUGUGCCUUUUGCUCUUUA